AUGACAGACGUCCAAGGUCUGCCCGCCGAAGAUGCGACGGAUGCAUUCGGCAAUCCGCUGCUCGUAGCUGUGGAUCGCAACGACAUGUUCACCUUCUCGGUGGAUGCAGAGAAGCAAACCGUCCACGCUGACACACAGGAUGUGUCGUUGUUGAAUAUGAUUGCCAGUUGGUUGCGUAUGCUCCCUGUCCAAGCGCCUUUCCCACCCCCACCUCAUAUCAUCCAGCAGCAAAUGAGCGAGGCUGUGAAGCGCGCCAAGGAUCAAGGCAACGCGGCGUAUCGCCAGAAAGACUACAAGACGGCUGUCAAGCAUUAUACAAUGGGCCUCGCGAUUGCUUCAAGCCGGCCCAUGUGGGAAUCCAGCGGGGUUGUCGCAGAGGAACUUUCUAUCAUGCUAGCCAACCGGAGUGCGGCCUUCCUAGCGGCAGAGGCGUAUAUUGAAGCACUGUGUGAUGCAGAUGCGGUUGUCAAAAUUAAGAACGAUUGGGGCAAGGGUCAUUUCCGGAAAGGCAAGGCGCUUGCAGCUUUGCAUCGGUACGAUGAAGCACGAGCCGCCUUUGACUUGGGCCACCAGUUUGAGCCGGACAAUGAAGAUUUUGUCAAGGCAAUUGCCGAGCUUCCAUAG